AUGGCGCCACUUAGACGCUACCUGCGCAUUACGAAGCACUCUGUUCUUGAGGUACGAAUUUACUUGGAUCGCCCAGCAGAUGCUGAGGCAUGGCUGUUGAAACGCGACAACCCAGCUCUUCCACGCGUCAUCCGAGCUGUUCGUCCCCUUGUCCUUCCCAAACUCCGAGAAGAAAACGAGCGAGUCAAGGGUCGCGCUGGGACCAAAGUAAAGAAGAAGGGUGUCAAAGAUGUUGUAGUUGAAGAUGAUUUUGAAGUGUCAAUCUUCCUGACCGAAUUGUCGUCUCGCCAUUCGGUCAUGACCAAGCAGAAGAUAUUUAAGGACAAGCCUCGCAUACAAAGCAAUUCCGGAAAGCUCACCAACUGGCUCACGACUGGAACAAGUGAUCAGCCGAUGGUCAUCAAUGAGAUCGCUACAGAUCCAAUUGUCAUCGAAGAAGAGGAUGAUGAUGCGAUCGAUCUUGCUGACAUUCCCGAGGCGGAGACCUCGACCAAACGAUCCACACGUACAAAGCGAAGCAGGAGCGAAGUCAAGAAGGAUGCAGACAGUCAUGCAGGUGAUAGUUACGAUAUGGACUUGUUCGUUCCAGAGACGACCAGCAAGCGGAGCAAGACAGGCGCAGCACCUGCGGAUGCCAAGGCUUCUGAAGGUGAGGAGGAUGACAAGAAAAAGUUAGGCUUGAAUACUUCUUACGAAGGCUUCAGCAUAUACGGUCGUAUACUAUGUCUCGUGGUCAAGCGCCAUGGUGUAAGCAAUGCUGCAGGGGGAGCCAGUGCACCGGUGUCCAGUCAGCAGAUGCUGGAGAACUGGGUAUCGACUCAAGCUGCUGGGCAGGUGGACGAUGAGGAAGAUAACGGCUGA